GGAAAGAGGGAGCUAGAAACCUGGAAACACUGACGGUAAUGAAGGAUUGUGACAGAUAAAAAAAAAAAAAAAAGAAAAACUAUCCAAGCUGGAGGACGACAAAGAGACUCUGGACAUGGAUGAUGGGACGUUUACUACCAUCUCUCUGGCAGACGACUCAGCCAACAGAGGAUCUGCAGCCCUGUAUCCUAAACAGGAGGACGAGCUUUUCAUCAUGAACUGCGACAUAGAUGGAGACCUGGAGAACCAGGCUGAGAUGGAGGAGAAGACGAGGUUGAUAAACCAGGUUUUGGAGCUGCAGCACACACUGGAAGAUCUAUCGGCUCGAGUCGACGCGGUCAAAGAGGAGAACCUGAAGUUGAAGUCGGAGAAUCAGGUCCUCGGUCAGUACAUCGAGAACCUCAUGUCGGCCUCCAGCGUCUUCCAGACCACCGACACCAAGAGCAAGCGGAAGUGAGGCGGAGUGGAGCAGAAGGUGGCUUCCCUGGGGACACGGAGCGGAGGGGGUUGGAGAUCCCCGUAACCAUUUACCUGAGUCAGAACUAAGCAAAUGUAAAUAUGAAAAUAACGUCUGUAAAAUACUUUUCUUUGUGUUUUUUUUUUUUUUUGAACCCACCAACAUUGGGACAUUUUGUUGUGCCUCAAUUUAAACUUGGUGUUCUAAAAUGAGUUUAACAUCAAACAUGUUACCGUGAACCUUA